UCACCCGAUCGUCUCUCAAGUCUCAGCAUCACAAUUCACACAACCUCACUGCAGCGACCAGCGACAGCGAGCUAUCUCUCGAGACAGGCAGCUAAUAAGCUCCGACCUCCGAGGAAGAAGGACAUGGCGGGUGCGGCGAAGGCGUCGUUGAUGGUGGCGAUGAGCGUGGGCGCCGUGGAGGCGCUCAAGGACCAGGUGGGCCUCUGCCGCUGGAACUACGCGCUGCGAUCCGUCCACCGGGCCGCCAAGGCCAGCGCUCCUAGCUUCGCGCAGGCCAAGAAGCUGGCCCCGGCUGCGGCGGCGGCGGAGAGGCGGCGGGCGGACAAGGCCGAGGAGGGCAUGAGGACAGUCAUGUUCCUCAGCUGCUGGGGUCCUAAUUAGGCGUGAUUAGGUUGUCUAGCUCUGUUUCAGCUUAGAGCAAGCGACUAAGCGAGCUUUGCCUUCAGGCCUGGCCGGUUGCUCCUAGCCUCCUGAUUGUAAAUACACGACGACGAUGAUGAUGAAAAGUUCUGCCACUUCUGCUACUGUAUGAUCUCUUUGCGCUCACACAACAAAGACUUUCGUGUGGUUCGAUGUGCUUUGGUCACAACAAA